CUUGACAGCCAAAACAAGAAAAACCACCGUGCACGUCGUAAAAGUGUAAGCAAAAUAAAUUGCUUUAUUUCAAUCGUUUUGUUCAAUACGUCUGUUUCCAUACAGUUUUUAUAAAAAAAAAACUGUUUCGAUGGUUCUAGCGUUUGUGCUGCUCUCUUGUCUACAGAAGUAACGAUUAAGAUUGUUGUCACUCACUGCUUAACUUGGUGUUUAAAAAUUCGUUCAAGAAUUGUGUCAUUGUUUGUUUCUAAAUCAAUGCUUCGCUUUGAAAUAAAGAAUUUUGGUUUCCUGUUUUGUAUUCGUAGUGAUCUGUAAUGGUAUUGUUAUUGGGAGACUUCUUAAUUAUAGUGCAAAAGAAGAGAAGAGAACUUGAAGUGGUCAACCCCUCGAGUCUACUAGCUGAGUAAAAUCCUAAAUUAUUUUGUACUUUUUCAAUCGAACGCUGUACUGCAAAAAUCAAUGAAGAUCCGACGUGGUGGAAAUGGAAAAUCGAAGGUAUUUUAAACAGGAAGGCAAGGAGGCGAAAAACUUCUACCAUCUGUCUGAUGACGGCGAGGAGAGAAAUUAUAAUGUGAGAAAACCACCGGUGAAUUUAAGGCCGCGUUCUAUACAAAGUGUCACGCAGAGUAAAGCGUCGAAGUCGUCGGCACCUCGCGUUCGUUCUGCCUCUACCGGCAGAGACAAAAAGUCCGAGCUCCAGGCCAGAUAUUGGGCUUUUCUUUUUGGAAAUCUGCAGAGAUCGGUUAAUGAAAUUUACCAAACCGUUGAGUGCUACGAAAAUUUGCCUUCAUGCCAAGAGGCGAUUUUGGUGCUAGAAAACUACAUUCGUGACUUUCGGGCUUUAGCGGAGUGGUUUAAAGUAUCCUGGGAUUACGAAGCGACCCCUUUGCCUCAGCGUCCGCAUUCUUUAGCUUGGGAAGUACGAAAGAGCAACCCAGCACCCCGUGUUCGUAAACCUAUUUCCAGUCCAGGGUUAUCUGGGAAAUCAAGUCCAAGUUUUUCUGGCAAGAAUAGUCCAAACCAUGCAUCCGAGGAGCAAAGCGUUAGCAAGACCUCUCCUAAGAAACAGUUCAGUUCAACGGAAAGCCUUGGAACUAGUCGAAAAGGCACCGGUAUAGCAAAAGUUUGCGUUCUGAAGCAAAUUGGGCCAUGUACAAUUGAAAAUGGUACUUUAGAUGGAAUAGGAUUGAACAUCGGAAAAACUUUUACGACUGGAGAGAAUUCCUUCGAUGAGGUGGUAGUUUGUAACAGCUUAGAGAAUUACGUGUUGAAAUUGGAUCAGUAUACGCAGACGAAUUUAGAUGAUGAGAAUUUAACACUAGCGGAAUAUUUGGAAAAGUAUUGCAAAAAUGAGGAAUGUAACAUAUUGCCAGGAGCUGAAGUGAAGGCUCAAGCUGAGCAAGUAUGUAAAAGUGGCGAGGACAAUCUUCAAGAGAAUAAGAAAAUUUCCGAAGCAGGGAAGAACACGGAAAAAGUAGAUCCGUUGGUGAAAAAGGCGGUUAUACCAGCUGCAAAGUAUGCCACUGUCGUGAAUAAUGCCGUUAAACCAACACCGCGUCCAAUUUUACAGAACAAACAAAGUUUACCGUCUAAGAUUGUGUCAACUAAGAUACUUAAAACGCCUUCAACUAUCACAAAUAGCAUUCGCUUAUCAGCUACUAUGUCCAGUUUAACUCAGAGUCAAACAAAAAUUGUGCAACUACCAACAAAGAGUGCCACAAUCUCCAAUAUACACUCUGCUGGGAUGAGAUCCGGUGCUCGUCCGUUAGUCAGUUCUAAGAACAAAACUAUGCCAACUAAUGCAGCUUCAAGACUUUCAGCUCGUUCGAAAACCAUGAUUGAAAUUAAUAAUCGUAAAAAUGAGGUGAAACCAGCCACUGCGUCUUCCAGGCUAACUUUCUCUCGAAAGAUGUCUAGAGAUGACAUUGACAGUUCAACCUCAACUUUAAAAGCGAGCACUGAUAGAUUGGGUUCUCGGAGUUCGAUUAACGAAUCUAUGAAAAAUCGAACUCAAGGUGGAGCACCCAGCACCAGCCGUCGUUCCGAACCGAAAAGUCUCCCAUCGGAAACUAGCAACAAUGACGGAUGGUAUACGGUCAAAACCAAACGGCGUUCCAGCCUUCAUUGGGCUACCCGUUUCAAUCAACCCAGUGGCUACGCGAGCUUGCCCUCGCUUUCUUUAUUAGAUGAAAAUACUCCCGCUGAAGAGAGCGAAUCCAAACUAUCCACUGAAAGCAUCAGUACACAGCCUAAAAUGCAACAAAAAUCAUCCAAACCGACAACUGUUUCGAAAUUGGCACUAGAAUCAAAAUCCAAAACGUCAUCUGUGGUUAACGUAAAACCUAAAAAUCCUCCCUGUAAACCUACUACUGUUUCAGUGCCGAAACGACCUACAACAGCUCCAGCAGCUACGAAAAAAUCCAACCUGAAUGGUGCAUCACAAUCAACACAAAACAAACCAACGAUAGCGGCUACAACGAAUAGAAUGGCUGUUACUAGGCAAAAGUCGGACCUGACUGGGUUAAAAUUAAAAACUCUACACAAAGAGUUUCUACGUAACGAAAAACUUAAGCUAAAACCCUCAUCUGAAACGGAACUAGAUAAGACGGAUGAAGCAAUAACAACGUCUAAAUCACCCCCGUCUCAAGAUGCUUCACUGCAGCAUGAGGAUUUGGUUUCCCAUCUUAACAAAGUGGACAUGAACAUCCAAACUAAUUUGGUUUCUUCAACAAUCCAGAAUUUAUAUGCGAAGUGCUUGGAAUCAUCGGACAUACAUGACGAACAAGGUUACGGUGGCGGUAUUGCAGUUACCGACAGUGGCGUCAAGCCCGACCACCAGCCGGACAUUAAUCUGUCAAGUUGUGAUGAACUCGAAGAACGAGAAGACAUAGAAAGCGACGAAGAUCAACGUAAAUUGCUGGAAGAGCAGGAAAGUUUGGAGGCUCAGAUUCGAGAAUUGCAAAAUUCGGAAAUCGACGUUGAUACCGAGACAGACGAGACGGAUUGCGAAGCUAUCAUUGAUUUGGAGGAUAAUGAUGGCACUGCGGAAAAUUUAGAGCCUAUUAGUGUGAAUGGUUUGAUCGACGAAGACGAAAUGACCCUUGAAAUGCGGUACGAAUCGGUACUGGCUGAAAUGUCCUGGGUUGAGCGCGCACAAACUUUGGCCACUUUGCAAGCGCUGGUCGCCAGGCACCCCGGCAGAGCACAACAAUUGCAUGCAAAACUUUCCAGUCCAUCGAGGAGAAGAUCAUUACAUGAGACAUUGAAGAAGUAUCAGGCAAAACAAACUCGAGCUUUGGAGAAGCGACAGGCCUUGCAGAAAGAGAAGGCACUCAAAAUUCAACACCUCCUAGCCAGAGUGGAAGACGUUAAAACAGCCAAGCAACAGUUGAUUGAGAAAAAGAGGAUGCGCAUGGAGGAAAGAUUGCAACGAGCUGCUGAAAACCGUACCCAAUACCUGAAGGACAAAAUAAAGAAAGCACAUGACGAAGAGGAAAAAUUGAAAGAAAUUGCUUUCAUUAAAAAUCUAGAAGCACAAAACAAAAGACUAGAUUUUAUUGAGUCUUGUAAGGAACAGGAAGGUCGGUUGCAGGAUUUGGAAACCGAAAGGCAAAAGCGAGCCGAAGAAAAGGCAGCCAAAGAAGCAGCAGUUGAACGAAGAAGGCAGGAAAUUGAGCAAGAACGACAAAAAAAGCUUCAGAUCAUGAGUGAAAAUCGUAGGGAGCGUGAAAAGCGGGUUGGAAAGAUGCAGGAGCAGAAAGAAAAGCAGCGACAAGCUCUGGCAAGAGAAAAAGCUCGUGAUAGGGAAGAACGGCUUCUUGCUCUUCAAGCGCAACAGCAAGCCACUACGGAAGAAUUACAGCGCAAGAUAAUACAGAAGCAGCAAGAGUCAGCCCGUAGGCACGAGGAAAAUAUCGAACAUAUUCGGCAACGAGCAGUUGAGCUGACUAUACCGACUAGGAAUGCAGAUGAGGUUAAUUCCAACAAACAAGACCAAGAAAAUGAUGAUAAUCUCAGCGUUAGUGAUAAAAGCAAUAAAGAUAACAAUAACGCUAGAAUUAACAAAAAGAAGUUAAAGAAACUGCGUCUAAGAAUGGCUCAGGAAGCAGAAACUUAUAUAGCUGAAAUGCAGCCUUUAGCACCGCAAAUACGAAAGCAAAGUCAAGUGCCGAAAUUACUUGGCACUAUCGUUAAGGGUGGUGGUCCACUGGGAGUAGAACGUCCUCUUGGUCAACUUUUACGAUUAAUGGCGAAGGCGGAGGUAGUGGAUUUUCAAUCUAUGUGGCUUUUGGAUGGGCUGAAAACGAUUGCGGAUCUGAUUCAGACUGGAAUGGAACCAAACUCGGAAGUUUCCAAACGGGCGGUCGUCAUUUCGGUGCAACUCUACCGUAACUCGUGCUCUCUGUGUCCGCAAAUUUCCCGCCAUGCUAUUUUGGGAAAUACAAUAACAGUAUUAUUAGAUGCAUUGCAGAUAAGUUUGAAGACACCGGAGGAGAAAAGUCCUUUGUAUCCGGUAGAAUUAUCCACCGAGCUUAUACUCGCCUGCACGGUAGCUCUCUCGCCUUCCAACUCACUCAAGCAGACACACCCAAAGGUUGUGGAACGCCUUCCGGAUCUCAUAAGUUACACAGUAUGCUUAGGUCUGAUAGAUACCCUAGUAAGGAAAUUUAAUACUAUCCGGGAAUCGGUGGAAAGUCAACAAAGUUUGGUGCUAUCCCUGCUGGCUUCGCUCGGUCUGUUGACGAAACUGGCGGAGUUGUGCCCGAGAGGUCCUGACGUUACCAAAUUUCUGCUCUCGGUGAAAUCGACGGAACUCUUUGGGACCAUUUCGCUGCUGUACGCUGCCAUCGUGCCCAUUGGUGAAAGUAUACCACCGAGAACAAUUUCACUGGCAGCAGCUACCUUUAAUCUUCUAGUAACAUUGGCCAAUUUGGAUAUUGCUACCUUUCAGGGUGUGUUAACGGAGGAAAACCUUUCGUUCAAGUUCCUAGACGUGGUCAGCAUCCUACUGCAGUACUGCGUGCCGAAGGCGGAGGAGAAAGGCGAAACCCAGGCUGUGAUAAUCGACUUAAUAGCAACGCUAGGUUUCUUUUGUGCCAAUAAUAAAAUUAACCAGGAUCGGCUUACUUCGGAUCAGUCAUCAGUGAUAAUCAAGAGUUUGACCAAGUUACCGAAAAAAUUCGACAUGGUCAUAUAUCCAACGCUAGUCACCGUCACCUACGAGAAUCCUGAAGCCAAAGCUGUGCUUGGUAAAGAUUUCGACAUCACGUCGCUGGAGGAGUACAGCCGAUCCGAUCUGGCGAAGAAAAACCGAAUCGUGUCUCUGCUGACCAAGACGGAAUAGAUUUCGUUUGUCAGUAUUCCGCUCGCUUCUUGAUGUGGUAAACAAACCAUACCGACUGAUGAAUGUUCUGCCCUUACUACUACUGUUCGAGCCAGUCGCGCUAAGGUUAGGUCAACACCGGAGUGCCACCGUCGUCGUCGUCGCUAUCCGUCGAAAGCAAUAAAUAAUGAGAACGAAGUGGAAUCAAUAAAACAGCGACAUGAAAGCUCAGUGAUUAACGGCGGUAACCCUUCCCUUACCCGGCGUCUUCGGGGACUGGAACGCCUAGUGUCAAAAACUUCCGAAUCGAGCUAGGGAAGGGGGGUUGAUUGUAUCGAAUUACAUAACGCUGCUGCACAAACUUGAUUACCGCCUAAUGAGAUGAGUUCCAGGCAUCGCAGUGUGAAACUGUGAGCCUACUUCAGUUGGUCAAUUAUACGCUAGUUUGUUUUCACUGUGCAUUUGAUACUAAUUGUUGAUUUUUUGCAUCUUGUCUGAAUGUUUGCUGAGUGCACGAACUGUGAAAUUUGCACUUAACGCGCUGCACGCUGCUUGUACACAAAACCGGUUGCAGUUUAUAGUGGUCUUAACAGUCUAGGACGAAGUGACUUUUUUACGAUAUUUGUUGUUUAUGAACUCGGCUUAAAACCAUGGUUCGAGAGAAAACUGAAAAUUUAUCUCCAAUCAUUGAAAAAAUAGACCAUGAAGCAGGUCUGUUACACAUCUUAGAAACAUCCAAUGAAGUGUUUGAAUUAAACUUUGCUUCUUUAGAAACAUGUUCUGAUAUUUCAUACCCAAAUUAGUGCAAAAAUAUUUUUGACUAAACAUUUUUAAUCCGGUUGCGAUGAUCCAUGAAAUAUUUAAAACAAUUUCACACUUUUUCGUAUUAAAAAUAGCUUUGAAUGAUGAUGAUUUUUUAUAUAUAUUCUGAUAAAUUCUGCCGAAAAAUCUCUGCAUUUGAAUCGUGAAUAAAAGUUUUUUUCUAACCCAGUUAACACAAUAAAAUAGGAUUUACUGCAGAUCAGCACGUUUUUUUCCUGUACUAGAAUUAAGUAGUAUUCCUUUUAAUAAUUUGAAACUAUUUAAAUUUUUAAAAGUCGACCAUCAAUAUUGUGUUUUCAAGCAUCUUCCUAAUUUUUUAUUUGAGUCUCUGCAGUAAUCUCAACAUUUCUAUGCUUAGACUAGGUUCAAGUGAAUAAAAUGUUUGACCGCGUAAAAGUGGGAUAUCUUUGCAGACUAACAAAGAUCUAUCUGGCUCAAUGGUAAUGGUGAAGGUAAGAAACCAAAUCAGCAACGUUGCCUGGGAACUCAAUAGGCCGGAACUCAAACCAAUACUAACAAAAUCGAUAAAGAAUAUUUAUAGUCAUCAUUUCGGAAUAGCAUUAAUAAGCUGUUCAUAGUUUGAUCCAUCACAUUUGAGUGUGUCUGUCGAGUGUGUUUAUGGCGUUUUAUUGCCAUAGCAGUCAAUAAGAAAUAUGAGUUGUAUUAAACGAGGUACUUAUCUUUUCUUGUUUUUUUUUCUUUCUUUUAAGAUGAGUUCUAAUGUAACUAAAAUUGCUAGAAUAUUUUUCGAUUGAAAUUAGGCUUACAUAAAAUGACUAUGAUAACUAGGUAUCAAGUCGAUAAAGUGAUCCAUACAUUACAGAGGUGUUGUUCAAAACGGCGCUAAUAAAUAUAAUAAUUUGUAACAAAUAAUGAAAA